AUGAGUAAUGAUUAACCAUUUGAAGAUGUCGAUCAAUUUCUUCAUCCCCUUGCCAAUCAAUAGGCCAUUCCGAAUAUGCUGUAAUAGGCUAUCACAUAAGACUAACUUCUAGCUUAAAAUGUUCGAUUAUUGCAGCAAUUACAUGAGCAAUAGAGAAUGUUGAAUCUGUAGAGCAUCUUCACGAAUAACAUGCUUAUGAAUCCCUUGAUUCAAUAGUAAGUGAACUAGGAAAGUAAAAAAAUAAAGAAAGCCAAUAAGACAAUCAAAACUAUACCUUCUACAACGAGUCUUAAGGAUUGCGCUUAACCAAUCUAGGAAAUCAAAGGAAAUGUUAAAAAUGCCUACAUCAAGAAAAUCACUUCCUUGCUUAGUGUGGAAGGAGACAAGUUGCUUGAUGAGGACUUGUAAGAAGACUUGGAUUUGGAGAGCUAUUCGGAAGCGUAAGAUAAAAGUAAAUUGGCAGGCCUUUUGGGUUCAAACAACGAUCUAUUGAACAGUGAAUCAAAAAACAAAAGAUUGAGACAAAGUGCCAAAAAUUCUAGACUUCGAAAAAAGGUGUAUUUGAAAUUGCUUGAAAAAAAAGUUUCUGAAUUGGAUCAACAAAUCCAAGAGUACAAAAAAACAACUAGACAGUCAUUUGAGUAUCUGACUCAAAUAUUGCAAUCGCAUCCCAUUUUAAAUAGCAUGAUUAUAGGAAACUCAGCAGCAAUCGAUUAAGUCUUGGAAUGUUCCUCAUCUGAUUAAGCCUAAUUGGUAUUGGAUUCAUAUUUAAUGAGAUACGGCACUUGUGGGAUCAAAAGGAGAGAUUACGUUAAAUAUGCAGUUAAAAAUAUACAGAAGAACUUUCUCAAAGGCAAUUAUGGACUCCAACUUAUGAGUUGGAAUUAAUAAAUUUAAAAUUGUAAAGAGUAUUAUGACACUGAAUUCAAUCAAUAUGUGGAAAUCGUUAAAGAGGAGGCCAAACUCGAAGAUGACAAUCUUGUUUAUAGUGUGUUACCUACUAUCGAUAAAAUGCUAAACCAUCGCAAAAUGUCUUAAUAGUAUGAAAGAAUUUUACUCUUAGAUAAUUACUUAAAUUUAAUUAGGAUAUCAAAAACUUAAAAUAGAAUUAACAAGAGAUUGAGGAAACAAUUAAUCAGUUUACAUAAUCAUUAUCUCCCAUCUAACAUUUAGAAUUCAUAAAAUAGGUGGAGAAGGUGGGGACUUUCAAUCGUUUUAAUAAAUGAUCAAUAUAUAUUUGUCUUAUUCCAAACUUCACGAAAUAUCAAAAAUAUUAAGCAAAUUUUGAUCUCAUUUACUAUUUUUUGUAUUUACUACAUAUAAACAAUACCACUUAAAUUUAAGUUUGAUUACUAAUUCUGA